AUGUUGACACGUCGUUACUUUUCGUCUCCAGAAUAUUUCUCGGCCUCCUUCCUCCCUCCCUCAGCAAUUUUUCAUAGUAAAUCUAAUUAUUGUUAUAGAAGAGUGAUUCCGAUUCCCGAGCCCUUGGUUAGCUUACAAGAUCUGUGCUCAUCACCUGCGAGCCUGUAUGACACGUCUUUGGCAUUUGCUGCAUUCUUCCAGAGUUAGGAGCCUCGAACACCUGUUCAUCCCGGAUAUUGCAUCGACUGCAUCGAUUCGCACAUGGUUGAUUGGCUCCCUUCCUUCUUGUGGGAGAAGUGCCCUUCACAACGACCAUUUUCCGAUCUUUUUUGUGUCACUCUUUUCGAGAGAAGCAGCUAUAACGGUACAAAGGAUACCCAUUGCUUCCCUACCGCUUCUAUUCGUCGGAUAUGGAUUAUCGAUGGAUCAGUACUGUACCGUACAGCCUCCACGUUAAGUCGAAUAAAUGCUCCCCGUUGUGCGAAACAACUUCAUAUUGCAUGGCAUCCUGCAGAUUAUGCCGAAAUUCUGGGGACCCCACUUUGUCUGGAUAUCUUGUUUUGAGACGUCCUUAGAUGUCAUUGAAUCUGUGGGUUUUCACUGAAUAGGCUUUCCGGGACACUCCUUUGGCACUCAGUGAUUCGACCAUAAAAACAUACCUGACCCUUAAAUUUCGUUUUGGUGGCUCUUUCUGUUUGAAAAUUGGUUGUAAUAUUGGUAUUAUGAAGUGAGUGGAAGAAGAAAAAGGAAAAAAGGGAAGAAGGAAAUCGCGCCUAUCUAAACGGUUUACCUAUCCAUGAGUUCAUAGAUGCCUUUACGUUCCAAUAGUGAAGUCAACCCAUUCAAGCUCCGGGGGGGCUACUAGCUGAAGACCUACCAACCCGC